CCUUUGUGCUUUUGCUUUAGGAAGUGUAAGUGAGGAUAAAUUUCACCUUCCCAGCUGUUUUUAAAAGGGAUGUUUAUGUGCCUGUGUGUACAUAUGCUUUUCCUGUCCUGUUUGAAAAGGAGGAGUCAACCCCUCAGUCACUCAUUCAUGAGGAAGUACAGAUCCUGUGAUGGAAUGACUGCACCUCCUUCCCUCACACACCACAGGCUCUGUUACAACCCCACGCCUCUUUCUCACUCUUCUCUUACUCACCAUAGUAUGGUGAGCAGAAGUGUUCCAUCCGGCAGGACAACCUGCUGCAUGUGACAGUGUGUGGAUGAGUGCAGUGUGGAUGAGUGCUGUGUGCCAGCUGUCCUUCAGGGAGAAGCAUGUCCCGCCACGGGAGGGGAGACGCGCCUUGUGCUCCGCACUGCUCCCCGCUGAGCCUGCAGGAGUGUCUCGAAGAAUGCAUGGAGGCUCUCGACCUCUUCCUCAACAACCACUUCGCCGAGAGCCUGGACAAGCUGCGGCCGCGGGUGAAGGACAGCAUGUACCAUGCCCUGGUCUAUGCCACUGUGUUGGAGAUGCAGGCCAUGAUGACCUUUCAGCAUGAAGACAUUGUCAGUGCUGGAAGCACCAUGAAGAGGGCUCAGGAAAUUUGCCAGAGAUUUCGUAAGAAGACAUCUAUGGUUGGGUCAAUCACCAGCUUGGGGAAGUCAUCUGGAGAUAUGUUCACUGAAGAGGAGCUCCAUGCAGAGGUGUGCUACGCCGAGUGUCUUCUACAAAGAGCUGCGCUCACGUUCUUGCAGGAUGAGAACAUGGUGAGUUUCAUCAAAGGAGGAAUCAAAGUCCGUAACAGUUACCUAAUAUAUAGGGAGUUACACAACUUCAUCAGUUCAAAAAAGUUGCACAAGGGACCAAACCACUUCCACCUGGAGGGAGGGGUUUCCCUUGGCAUUGGAGCGUUCAAUUUGACCCUGUCUCUCUUUCCUGCUCGGAUUCUCCGGCUGCUAGAGUUUGCUGGCUUCUCUGGAGACAAGGAGUAUGGUCUCUCCCAGCUGCACGAGGGGGCCACCACCCUCAACUUGCGCUCCAUGCUCUGUGUCCUGCUGCUCCUGUGUUACCACACCUUCCUGUCCUUCAUCUUGGGAACGGGGGAGGGGGAUGUCGCUGAUGCUGAGAAGCUACUCAAGCCAUUCCGGGUUCGAUACCCACAUGGUGCUAUAUUCCUGUUCUUUGCCGGAAGAGCUGAAGAAAUCAAAGGGAACAUUGAUGAGGCAGUGGCGCUGUUUGAAGAUGGUUGCAAGGCUCAGCAAGCCUGGAAGCAGUUCCACCACAUGUGCUACUGGGAGCUGAUGUGGUGUUUCACAAUAAAGCGUGCGUGGAAGAUGGCCUACUUCUAUGCAGACCUGCUCAGUCAGGAGAGCUGCUGGUCCAAGGCCAUGUAUGUGUACAUGAAGGCUGCCUGUCUCAGCAUGCUGCCCCCGGAGGAGGCCAGGCCCUUUGGGGAAAAUGAGGUGGAGCUCUUCAGACAAGUACCUUCUUUGAAGCAGAAGAUAGCCGGAAAAUCUCCCCCGACGGAGAAGUUUGCCAUCCGCAAAGCAAGGCGCUACAAGGCUGAGCAGCCAGUGAGGCUCCCGGUGCCUGUUCUGGAAAUGAUGUACAUGUGGAAUGGCUUCAGCAUGAUCCGUGAUCGCCCCGACUUGACGGAGGGCAUGAUGGAGACGCUGGUGGAGGCUGAGCGCACCCUGCAGGACACAUUGGUGAACGAGUACAGAGUGGAUGACAGCUGCAUCAUACAGCUGCUGAAAGGGCUGUGUUUCAAAAACAAAGGACAGAUGCAGGCAGCUGAGGACUGCUUCAACAAGGUGUACCAGAGUGAGAAGAAGAUUAAAUAUGACCACUACCUGGUGCCCAAUGCCCUGUUGGAGCUGGGGUUGCUCUAUGCACAGUUGGGACACAAGGAGCAGGCUACCAAACUGCUGCAGAAAGCCAAAAAUAACUACAAGGACUAUUCCAUGGAGUCACGCACAAUGUUCCGAAUCCACGCUGCCCUCUCCAAACUCAAAACUGACACAAGCGAUGAGGAGAGUACAGAGCUUUAAUGUACUAUUUAACGGGAUGCCCUUGUCUCUGCUUCACAAGACAACUGCUCUGCCCUGUCACAUCAGAGCCUGCCGCCAGAGGUCACAUUCCUUUUGCAGCUGCGGACUGGAUGGUCCUCCCUCGAUUCACAGACCGAGCAGUUAUAAAUCUACAGCUGUUUUAACAUGGUCUUCACUGUAAUCAUAUGGUACGUAAGAUGAAGCAAGACUAAGUCAGCCCGCUCGCACAUUCUGCAGUUGAGAGCACUAUUAGUAGGGGCUACAGGUAGCACAGUAGGAAGCGCUGCUACUUUACACUCAUAAGACCCUGGUUCAAACCCCACCUCUUGCUAUAGUACCCUUGAGCAAGGUACCUACUCUAAACUGCUUCGGUAAAAUUACCCAGUUGUAGAAAUGGGUAGAUCAUAGGAAGCAACAUAACAGUGCAAGUGGCUUUGGAGUAAAGCAUUCAAUGAACAGUACUGGGUUAUCUGCAUUUACUCACUGGAGAGUCUGCACAGGAAAAUACUUGUCAAAGUCUUUCUGUGUCCAGUUGCGGAGAGUUCACUUCAGGUGAGCAGCAGGUGAUCAGGCAAAAAGCCGCUGUCUGCUGUAAACAUUUUAUUACACUUCAUUUAGUGCCCCAAUAGACCACGUGAGUGCACCUAACAACUCAAGUCUGUCUUGCUCGUGUCCAUGACUUUAUUAAGUGAGUCUUAUCCAGAAGAAGUCCAAAACAUAUUUCAUCAAGAUUUCUCACAUGUUUGUAACAUAUAUAGAUAAUAUAUAUAAUAUACAGUAUAUACUUGUGUUCCGCAAAGUUCAAUACACACCAGAUUCUAGCUGUUUGCCGAGUGCAGUCUCACCUUAUUUAAAUGUUAGACAUCAAAGAGGGUAAAAUGUCCUGCCCAAUUAAUUUCAUUGGGUCUCAUUGUUCCUUUUGAAACCCCACAGGAUAGGAACUUUCCUAAGGAAGCUGUUAAGUAUCUGCCUGCACCUAUAUUAGCCACCCAGUUCUUAGGUACAUGGGUGUUACACACAAUACUCAAUUGCUUAGACCAAGUGUUUAAAAGAAUUUUGAUUAUUUGCACUCAAGAUUAAUCUUGUUACUGGAUUUAAUUAUUAACGAUAUGCAACUUAACAAUUAAUCACUGUCCUCAAAUCACAAUAUAAAAAAAGUCCUGGCAAUUUACCACUGAGUGGUGAUUUCAGUGUAUGUAUAUGAAAUGUGUGACUGUCAAUCAGAAUUGUCCAAUAAAAUGUAU